AUGCCCGGACCCCACUUCUCCGCCCCCCGCGUCGCCACUCCGAACCGCUUCGCCGCACUCGAAGGUGCGUCCGAUUAUCCUCUCAAGCGCUCCUGGUUGCGAGCGUCGGAACAGGGCUGGGACAACGAUCAGCUCGAUGGUUAUUUCGAGGGGAAGCGCUCGGCUAAGGCGGUGGACGAAGACACCUCCUACAUCUGGUUCAAGAAGAUGAGGUCUGUCAUGAAGGAAGUCGACCACGCCAGCGGUCAGCUCAUUCCCUCCUGGGGACACUUCACCUUCCUCGACAUCGGCUGCGCCCCCGGCGGGUUCAGUUCGUACAUCCUCCGCAAGAACCGCAACGCGCUCGGGACCGGAAUCACCCUCCCCGUCUCCCAGGGCGGGCCCCCGAUGCAGCUCGAGGAGCAGUUCCACCAGCGCUACCGCCUCAUCGAGCAGGACGUCCUCGAGCUCGACCUCUCCCUCGGGCGCACACCCCUCCCUGCCCCGCUCGACCCUGUCCCAGUCUUCCUCCACAACCACUUCAACCUCGUCCUCAUCGACGGGCACACCCCCCACUCCUACCAGCCUCGUACCCGCGGCCCCACCCCCUCCCCUUCCUCGCCCCAGUCCUCUCCCGCAGUAGACCCCCGCGCAGAAGACCCUCCGCGCGCGUCCCACGACGCCCUCCUCCUCUCCUCCCUCCUCCUCGCGCUCGACUCGCUCCGCCACGGCGGGACGCUCCUCCUCUUCCUCCUCGACCGCCUCGCGGACCAGCUCGUCGUGCACAAGCCGCGCGCGCUGCACACGACCCGCGCGUGCUUCUACGCGGUCGCGCGCGGGGUGCGCCUCAACCGCGCGCGCGACGGGUGGAUACGCGCGCUGCGCGGGGUGUGGCACUAUGUCCGCUUCGACGGCGCGGACCGCGGGAGCAGGGCGAUGGGGGAGGGCGAGCUGGACUGCAUCGUGGGGGCGGGCGAGUGCUCGGGCGGUGGAUCGACCGGUGGGUGA